AGCUACUGUCCAAUGAGGGCCGACAGCCUCCGCAAACUUGCCGCCGUUGGCCAGACGCCAUGUCCAAUCCCAGGCGGGGAGGCGGGGCUUCCACUCUUCCUCUCUAAGAGCUCCCGUCGAGGACCAGCCAGGCGCCGUGCGCGCAGCUCUUUGCGGAUCCCAGUUCGGCAGUCACGGGCACCUUUGGGGCAGAUUCUCAGCUUCUACUGAAGGGUAAAUCUGGACGCUGUUACUUUAUUUCGCCAGAAGUCCAAGUAGUGGAAGUGAGUUAUAUUCUCUUGGAACUCAUCAUGAAUUUCAUGAAGCCUGAAGAGAACACGUCAUUCACUGCUACAGGAAAUGACCAGAGUACCAGACCUGAAGUUUCAAAGGAUACUGUAAUGCAGCAGGCAUGUUCUGGCACACCUGUUGAUCAAUCUCUAUCUGACAUACAAGAGUGUAACAGCACCAUUAAACUUAAGAGUGAAGUCAGUGAGCAUGAAACAUCCGCUAAAAGUCAGAACCCACAUGUGAGCACCAGUAGAGACUGUUGUUUCACCUUUACUUUGAAUGAAUGCUCCAGGAAGUCAGACCGUAGUGUGUUUACAGCAUAUGGUGAACUCAAUGAGAAUAUCAACUCAGUUCUAAGUGCUAAUGAGCAUUUUAGUAAAUGGAUGGAGAAGUGUUUUAAAAAGAACAUUAUUGUUUAUGAAGAAAAAACAAUAGGAGGAUAUGUAAAUUUAGGAAUGCCUCUCAGAUGCCUACCUAGAGAUUCCCAUUUUAAUAUAACAUCUAGUCAAAGAAAUAGUAACCCGGAAGAUGAUCCGAUAUUACGCCAAUGUGAAAAUCCAAACAUUGAAUGCAUUCUUUUUCACGUUGUUGCUGUUGGGAAGAACAUAAAGAAGAUUCUCAAGAUCAAAGAACUUCAUGAAAAAGGAACUACGAUUUGUAUCUAUGCCUUGAAGGGUGAGACUAUCAAAGAAGCCCUAUGCAAGGAUGGUCGAUUUCGGUCUGAUCUAGACACAUUUGAAUGGAAAUUAAUGGAAGGUUACAAGAACAUUUAUGGAAAAAAGUCCAUGGUGGAUGAAGUAUCUGGAAAAGUCUUAGACUUGGACAUUUCUAAAAGACCAGUUGUCAGGCAAGAUACCCAUAAAAAAAUUAAACAGAAGGAUGAAAAUGCCACUGAUGAAAUUGGUCCCUGGGAUUCGAUACAGUCUAAGAGCAAAGUCCGUGAACCAGAGAAAGAUGGAGAGACUGAAGAUGGAGAACACAACAGAGAAAAAAUUCUCACACCUCAAAGUCUAGGGCAUGAUAUUGAAGAUAAGACACACCAGACAACUUCCAAUAGGCAAAGGCCCCAUCUGGGUAUGGAAUAUGCUAUUAAUUCGGAUCUCCAGAGGGAGGCAGCUAAUCUCUUGGAAAAGAAUUUACAGGUGUUGAGCAAAGUUAUGAUAAGUCAAUAUCCACAUUUUAAUGUGGCACAUCAGAUACAUAACUAUUUUAGGGACGAACAGAAGAGAAUGCAACUGCUAGUGUCUAAACAAUUCAAGCUCUAUAAAGAGUCCUUUGGAAAAGUGACUGCAAAUUGUACUUCAGUUGCAAUCUGUGAAUGUCUUGUUCAUCUUAGUAAGUCAGUUGGGUUCCUGAAAUGGGACAAUAAUGGAAACACAGGCAAUGCUACUUGCUUUGUCAUCAACAAUUGUUUUAUUUUUACCUGUCGACAUGUCUUGCAUCUCAUGGUAGGAGAAGAUACAGAUCCAAAUUUGUGGCCAGAUAUAAUAAGCAAAUGUGCAAAGGUCACUUUCACUUAUAAAGAGUUCUGCCCUGUUGAUGCUGAUUGGUUUUCCGUGGAGCCUACUUAUAUGGUGUCUGAUGAAACUCUAGAUUACGCCAUUUUAAAACUAAGAGAAAAUGGAAAUGGAUUUCCUCCAGGCCUAUGUGGACAAGUUUCCCCUCAACCAUCUAGUGGUUUGCUUUAUUUAAUUGGUCACCCAGAAGGCCAGAUCAAGAAAAUAGAUGGUUGUGCUGUGAUUUCUUUAGAACAACGGUUAAAGAGGUAUAGAGACCAUCUUCAAGAUGGUGUAGCAGGACCCUGUGCUGGCACUUAUAAUGCUUGCCCUAUGUUUACCCAGAGAAGUUGGCUAUCAGAGGUUUGGAGCACUGACAAAGUUAGUUAUGAUACUUGUUUUUCUAGUGGGUCCUCUGGCUCCCCAGUGUUUAAUGCAUCUGGUAAUUUGGUUGCUAUGCACUCCUUUGGGCAAUUUUAUAAAUGUGGAGGUAAGGUUUACGCUUUUAUUGAAUUUGGCUGUUCUAUGGAUUCAAUUCUUCGUCAUAUUAAACAGAAUGAUGAGAGCUUAUACAGAUUAUUAACAGAAAAGAAAAAUGAGAACCACCAUGAAGAGAAAUAUAAGAAACAAGAGUCGUUAUUUCAAGAUCAUCAGAUUGAACCCAUGGAACCGUAGGGAAAGGAUGCUGCUUUCAGAAAAAAUAUGCCAAUAAUUUAAAGUAUUUGGGGCUGUUUCUUUAAGGUAUAAUGAAUAUUAUUUCUCAGUUAGAAAACUUACAGAGAAUCAUGUGGAUGUACAAAACACAUAUUAGAGCUCAAAUGAAUAUUGAUUACUUUUCUCAUUGGCUUUUUCUUUUAAACAACCUCAAGCCUCACUUAAAAUAUUUAGGUUGGGUGAUAACUACUGGUGUAAGAUAGGCUAUAAGGAUGUAUUGUACAACAUGGGGAAUAGAGCCAAUAUUUUGUAAUAACUGUAACUGGAGUAACCUUUAAAAACUGUAUAACAAUUUUUAAAAAUAUAAAAAGUUUUUAAAAACUUAGGUCACUUACUCAAAUAGUUGGUGUUUGCCAUUCUAAAUGCCUAGGAUGGUAUAUCUAUUCCACCUUUAUAACGGUGAAGUGAUUAUUAUUCUCUGUGUAACAAGAUAAUAGGGAAAUAUACCUUUAGAGUUAAGGAAAAAAGAUGUAUUGUUCCUCUAAGACCCAAAAUUCUUUGAUCUUAAUUUUUUCCCUUCUAUGCCACUGUGACAUCAGCCUCUAUUGUAAUUGCCAAUAGAAAAUCCCAGCUUCUCAGUUCUUUUCUCUAGUUCUGCCCUUCUCUGGCAGAUAUAAAGAGUGACUUGACUAGUCUCCAUCUCCACCCUCUCAUGCUCACAGUCUAGAAAGCUAACAACUAAAUAUGUCAGUCCACAAUUUGCAACUAAGAUUCUGGAUAUAAAUCAGGUUCCUCUAAACAGAUGCACUGGCAUGUAAUUUGGAAGACAGAAAUUAAAUGGAGACUAUCUUUCUUCUCCAUAUUCUGGCAAACUAAGUCAGAAAAGUAAGUGUCUAGAGACAGUAGAGUUGGCCACAUUCAGUGUCAGUGUUUAGUCAUCAGCUUCAUGGGUACUGGAGUAACUGUGGCAGUGUCAGCAGCCAGAAUCAGCAUUGCAAUGUCUGGUCACUCACUUAGCUGGUGUGGAGAGGCAUUUGUAACAGCUUCCCAGUCCAGCUUCCUGAUUCCUGGAUUGCAGAUAUGAAGGUGUGUUCUUGAACUCAAUAAUUCCAAUAUUGGCCUUCUGAAUCCCACUGCUUUUUCUCAUACUAAAGAUUUGCCAGCACUAACCACUUCAGUUAUAUCUCUUUUACCUGCACUGAACUCUGACAUACCCUCCAUACUAACUAGCAAUUGAUGGAGCUGUCCAAAUAUGUGAUAGUCUUCCAGCCGUGCAAAAGCCAGAAAUCUGACUCAAAAAAAUUGUUGGUUCAGAAAUUUUAGAUUUGUAUGUUUAUUAGAAACUGUCGAAUUUCAAAAAUAAAAGAGGUUUACUUCUCUCUCUUGUAAUAGUCUAAACAUACUGUCCUCUGUGGUUGUGGGAAUUCCAGGUUGUCAAGGUAUUAGGUUUCUUCAAUCAGGUUCUAUUAUACCACAGCCCUCAACAUGCAACAUGGUCCAAGAUGACUGCUAAACUUCCAGCCAACACACCUAUGCCACAGCCGGGGUAAGAGGGAAAUUGCACAAGGAGAGUGCACCUCUUGCUCUUAAGAACACCAUCCAGAGACUGCAUAUCACGGAUCCUCAUACCCAUUGCCUACAACUUGGUCACAUAGCUCAGUUAGCUGAAAAUCAUGCUGUGAAACGUAGUGGUUAUUCUGGUUGACCAGAUGCCCAGCCUAAAUUCUAUUACUGUGGAAUAAAAAAGAAAAUAGAUAUUGGGUAAACUAUAAGUCUUAACCUCGGUCCCACCCAUCUAGCCCCUCUAGUAUCUUAUAUACACUUCCUUCCACAUAUGAAGCACACCUACCCAUUCUCCAAGACAGUCUGGCAUUUCUGGGUAAUGUGCAUUUCUCUCCAUCACAUCUGAAUGCAGCUCCUCAUGGCCUGGAGAUAUAUCUGCCCAUUCCCACUCAUCCUACUAACACACCUGAUAUACCAGAGUGGAGUGUGGUGAGAAUCCAGUAACUUAAACUUUUAUUCAAAAAAGAGGAGAAUGGAAAAUUUGGCAGUCACAAUCCCAUAGCAAGGAUAAAAUCCUGUUUUUCAGGAAUUGCCAGGAUGCUUUGCUCCAGUAGGGAGUUCAGUUUAUGCUUAGUUCACAUUACAACUCUUGGUUACUGCUUAUUGGAGUUGGAACAGCCUUGACCAUUGUCUCUCAAAACCCCAGAUUUUGUCUUUCAGGGUGUGCUUUUCUGUCCAUUGUUCUCUAUGGCCAUUUCCUUCUCUUUGUAAUGUCUAGUUUUAUUAAGUUAGGAUUUAUGAACAGUAAAAUAUGUCCUUUUUGGUGUACUGGUCAGUGAAUUCUGGCAAAUGCAUAUACUCAAGUGACUACUACCCAAUCAAAAAGCUAAGCAGCAUUUUUUUUUAAUAAAAUAUAAAUACACUGCCAUCAGCAUGCCUACAAAAACUUAUUGAUUGUUUCAGUCAGUGUGUAUCUUCUCCUGACUUCUUAAUUUGUUGUUAAUUUUUGUUUGUGUUACAUCUGGAUUGUUCAAGUCAGAAUCCAAACAGUCUCCACAUUGUAUUUGGUUGUAUGAGUCUCUUAAGUCACUUUUAAUGUGUAAAUUUCCCCUUCCUCUAUAUU